GGCAUAAAUCAGCCAGCCAAGUCGUAUUGGCAAAGGAUACUAGAUUACUACAAUGAGUUCAGGACGACUACAACCACUAGGACAUGGUCCUCUCUUCAACAUAGAUGGGGUGAGAUACAGAGACACACUACCAAGUUUUGUGGAUUUUACGAUGAGAUUGAAAGGAAAAAUCAGAGUGGAAAGAGUGAGGAUGAUAAGGUGAAAGAUGCACUCCAGAUGUUUGAAGGAUUGGAAAAGUCUCAAUUUAAGUUUCUCCAUUGCUGGAUACUUCUUCGGAAGGAGCACAAGUGGCUUUGUUGGCUUGCAGAGGAGAGAGCCGAGCUAGCUGCCAACCCUACUGAAGCUGGAGAUGGUACAAGUAUGGAUCCAAUCAAAGUGAUCAGCGAGGCACCAAAGUUUUCAAGGCCAAUGGGUCAUGACAGGGCCAAGAGACUUCGAGGCAGCCCAGGUGUUGGUAGUUCUGCUAGUUCUACAGCUUGCCUUGAUGUGCUACAGAAAAUUCAGUCAGACCGAGCCAAAUAUGAUGAAAGGCAGGAGAUUGCUAGCAAAGAUGAGGCACAGGAGGUGGCUGCCCGAUAUGAGAGAAAACUAAGUCUUGUGCAGGAACAAGUUGAUAUUCAAAGGAAGAUGUUAGAGCUGCAUGAGAAAGAACGGAUGGACAAAAUCAUGUUCAUGGAUUUAGAUAAGGUGCAGCCAUGGGUGCGUGACUUCUACAUUCGGGAGCAGAAAAAGAUUGCAGGUUGGAACAACGAAGUUUCGGGUGCACCUCCUAGUUAGAAUGCUUCGAGUGCACCAUGGAUUCUUGUACUAAAACUUAAUUGUAGUGCUGUUAUAUGAGAUUUGUACCAAACUUAGUUGUAAUGCUGUUGUAUGAGAGUUGUACCAAACUUGACUGCUUCUGUUGAGAGUGGUUGUGAUAA